AUGAGUUCGAUGGUUACUACUUCACAAAUCAGUCUAUCCCUUUCAUACGACUGUGAAUCUAGCGCCUCGCUAUACAAGGUCUGGAAAGUUACUUGCAACAAGGACUUGGCCUGUUCGUGUUCCUCUACUCUGAGGUUGAAUAAUCGGUCCUGGCGACUUUUGAAUGAUCGUUUACUAAGCCGGCCAACAAAGAAAAUCGAUAAUUCGUACUUGGAUCUAGCCGAUCUUCUGUUGGAUCUUCGAGAACACUACCGCAAACCGCCCCAAGUGGAACGGCCACCCUUGUUUUCCACAAACUCAAAAUCCACAAGCGAAAGCAGGCUUAGCUUGAAUCCUUACGCCAAAAAACCGCCUUCAAAUGGCGAGCAGCAUUUUAUUUCUAGUGGGGAGUCUUUAAAUGAAUCGGGAGAAGAUAAAGAUGAGUACAGUGAUGGUGGCUUCCCCGGAAAUGGUACAAGUGAUGAGAGCAAUUGCAACCACCGUGAGGACACAGAGGGAAAUGCUUUUGUAAAAGAUUCGAUGAAAGAUUCACAACAAUUUGAACUUAAUUCGCAUCAUCCUAACGGGCUAGAGUCUGAGGGAAAGAACAUUUUUUUCAUUGCAAACACUCCUUCCCCGGACAGUACCCAAGCUCGGUCUCAUUUAAAUGAAGUUGAUUCAAAGAUCGAACUCGCUAGUACUAAUGAAGUUCCUGGGAUCAAGCGACAGGAUUCGCUUUUCGGGGGCUCAAACUUCAAUUCUACUGCAGCUGCUAGUCACAUUUCUUUAUCUUCAACGGAUAUUUCAGAAGAAGAUGAGUAUACGAGCGAAAGUGAGGGUGAGGAACAGUCUCACCCAGACUCUUCGGAGAUCAAAUUAGCAGCAUCGAAAGCUAGCAAAAGUCAAUCUGCUGGUGAUAAUGAUAGUGAGUGGAUGUCAGUCUCUUCUGAAAGUGAGUCUACAAAUAACACACCUAACCUGCAGCCGCUCAAUUUUGCAAAACGUAUCCCGCUUGUAUCCAAGAAGCUGAUGGAAUCUAGAGCCGAUACAAUAUCGCUCUCAGAAGUAAAGGGAGAUUCGCCCAAUCAUUUUACUCCGCGGUCGCUUUUAUCGGGGUUGUUUUUAAAUGAGUUGGCGCAUUCAACACAAUCAAAUCCAUUCUCCAACACCUCGCUGUCCAAACAAACCACAUCGAAACCAAUCUUAAAGAGAUCUUCUACCACAGGUUUCAUAACGUUGGAUAAGGCCAAUCUGCUUCGAAACAAAGUUAAACUACAAAAGCCGUCAAUUUUGUUCUCAAAACGCUUUGCAUCGCUGAACGACGUGACUAAGAAUGUUCCUGAGGGUGAGUCGGUUCUCUUUGUGGAAGAAGAAAAUAAUGUCGAAGAUCCAAAAAGAGCGACGGAAGGGGACCAUUUGUACACAAAACAAGCUUCUAGUGUGAGCUUGUCCAACUUUAUUGUCACCACACAUGCUACUAGCUCAAGCACAAACUUAAUGACUCCUAACUCACCUAUUGAUGAGAGUUCGCACAGCACAGAAAGGGCCGAAGCUCUCUUAUCUUCGAGCCUAAAUAAAUAUUCCAACUCGCUUUCGGUUACAUCCUUGAAAAGCAUAUUUUCCAAAAGUUCGCUACAGUUGACAUCUCUUUUUGGACUGUCAAGGAGGACAAAGCAUAGUACAUUGGCCACGGCAACCUCGUCUGAAAACAUAGGGACGCAAAGAUAUCACGAUCUGAUGUCACACGAGUACGCCUCAAGGUUUUCUGAACAAGGCUUGCAAAGCUCACUGUCCCGAGAAAAAAGCGACAAUGUGAAUUCGCCGUCCUCUUCAAAGCCAAACGAGCCAAAACAACAAACACCCAGCAAGUUCGAUGUUAAUAUUAGCCCCGACAAUGACUUUGAACCAUCUGUCGAGAUGAGUCAAUCGCUUAAGAAUUCGAUUCUAAUCGAUCAUAAACUAGGUAAGAUCCCCAAGCCUGAACGUGUGAUCAGCGCAGAACAGUUAUUUAGGGGACAGUUUGAUCAUGUAUCCCCGGAGGAUAAUGAUGACUACCAUUCGAAGGGUUGGUGA